AUGCCCUUUUUGCCCUUCUCUAAUAUCCUGAGCUUGAGGAGGGAACUGGAGGGGACAGAUGCCGAAAUCUCGACAUGGGGAUGCGAUGGCUACUAUGACUGUACCAAACAAUGGAGUGAAACGUGUGAUACAUACAUUGGUGCAGUGGUCCGGGUCACAUCGAUUGAUGAAGCAAGAACAGUCGUCCAUUUUGCCACGGCCCAUGAGAUCCCCCUAGCAGUCAAAGGAGGGGGUUGCUCUACCAGCGGUGCUUCAACCACUCACGGUGGUAUCGUCUUGGACUUAUCCAAGCUGCGAAAGGUCCACGUAGAACCUGAUUCUCGGGUUGUCAUUGCCCAAUGCGGAGCGUUGUGGGAAGAUAUCGAUGUCGCAGCCGCCCAGUAUAAGUUGGCAGUUGUCGGAAGUACACUGAACCAGAUUGGUGCUGCUGGGGCAACACUGGGAGGAGGCUAUGGAUGGUUGACCGGCCAGUAUGGCCUGGCGAUUGAUAAUUUGCUUUGGGCGAAGAUGAUCUUGGCUGAUGGCAGUGUGGUCACCGCAUCGGAAGAGGAACACCCAGACCUGUUUUGGGCCAUUCGAGGCGCAGGUCAGAGCUUUGGGGUGGCUGUUGAGUUGGGCUUCCGAGCCCACAAGCAGGAUCACCCUGUGUUUGCUGGGACGCUUCUCUUCUCGGCGGACAAACUACCUGGGAUUGUCAAUUUUGCCAAUCAGUUUGAGACUCUCACCAACGGUCAGCAGGGUUUCUGGUUUGGAUUCACUAUGCUACCCUCAAUGGCCCAGUGCUCCAUCUUGGUGGCUGUGUUCUAUAAUGGGACUCAGACAGCCGCAGAGCAGUUCUUUUCUCCGUUGCUUUCGCUGGGGUCUCUGAUGGAUGGGACACAAAUGCUUCCUUACGAUAGUCUCAACAGCAUACUGCACACGGUGGAUACACUGGCUUGCCGCGAACGCCUUUCGAGAUUCAAUACCACUUAUCCUGCCGAUACAAGCGUGGGUCCUCGAAAGAGUCUCAGAGGUUCAAAUGUCACUCUCCCUCUGGAUAUCGAUUUCGUGCUGUCGAUAUACAACGGAUUUAAUAGCAUAUUGAACGACUGUCCACAGACCAGGGACAGCAGAUUGUUUUUUGAGCUCUUGCCAAAUAUACAGGUCACUAAAGUUUCUAAUGAUGCCACUGCGUUUGCCAGUCGCGGUCCUUAUUACAACGUCAGCACCCUCUUCAGAUGGAACGAGACACGUCUAGACGCCAGAAUACGCACACUACAAGAGGAUCUGAUGAACCAAAUUGGGACACGGGCGGGCAUCACAAGGCAACCGAACUAUAGCAUGUCAAGACACGGGACAGGGAUAUAUGCGAACUAUGCCGGUCGUGACCUGCCUAUCAAGGCAAUCUUUGGAGCUAACCUUCCUCGUCUCCGGGAACUGAAGAAAAAGUAUGAUCCUCAUAAUACGUUCAGGAAGUGGCACAACAUCAACGCGCCUGUCAAUUCUCUGUGA